AUGAAUCCCACCGAGCAGACCAUGCCUGCACGACUGAACAUGGAGAUAAUUACUGCAUUGCAGACAAGGACAGCCCCCGAUAUCUUUACUCCUCCAGCCGUGUAUGAUGGACGGAAAAAUAUCUUCGCGGCGCGAGAACUUCCUCUAACAAUCGGCCCUGAUGGUGUGCCCUCUCAAGAAUUCUCCGUCACCUUGACUGACGCGACUCCUGGGAAAAAAGCACCGAAGGUAUUCAAAGUGCGUCUUACAAAGGUAGCUGAAAUCAAUCCAGAGGUUCUAGAGCGAUUUGUCCAUGGUGAUCAAUCUCAUGACAAUGUCGUCCUCACUGCCAUCACGGCACUCAACGUUGUAAUACGGAUGGAACCAACCCGAAACCAUCCGUUUAAUGUCCGUUCCUUCUUCACGGACAGGGAGCGCAAGGACAUAGGACUUGGUCUCGAAGUGUGGCGGGGUUAUUUCCAGUCUGUGAGGCCAGCUAUAAACAGGAUGCUGAUCAACGUCGAUAUUUCAACUGGCCUGAUGUAUAAAUCAGGGCCGUUAAUCGACUUGUGCCUCGAUUUCUUGAACAAGCGAUCAGGCGCUAAUGUCAAUGUCCUGUCGCCAAUUCAUGGUCUUCCCGAUAGAACUCGUCUCACUCUCUCGAGAUUCAUUUCGGGUAUGCGAAUCGUGGUAAAUUCUGGUGAUACCAACUUUCCCAGUCAGACUCGUGUUGUCAAACAGCUAAGCCAGGCUGGAGCAAGCCAGUUGACUUUCACCCUCCGAGAAGGAGGCACCUUGACGGUUGCUCAGUACUUCCAGCAACGAUACAACCGCCCCCUCCGAUAUCCGGAUAUCGUUUGUGUUGAAGUUGGUACUGGUGCAUUCAUCCCUCUAGAGUUGUGCAAGGUUCCUCCCGGACAGAUUGUCCGAAAGCAGGUCCCGCCAGAAAAGACAAAGGAUGUGUUGGAUUUUGCGACAAAACGCCCAGCUGACCGUCUGCAAAGCAUCCUAAACGGAGUUGACGUCCUUCAAUACGGGCAAAGCGAAUACGUGCGUCAGUUCGGGAUGCACAUCGACACUUCCAUGGGAGCUCUACAGGUUCAAGCCAGAGUUCUGCCUCCACCCACGCUCAAGUACGGCCGACAGUCCAAGCAAGCAACGAUUCAACCUCGUAAUGGUUCCUGGAACAUGGUCGAUAAGAAACUCUACCAGGCUGCCUUCAUCACGAACUGGUAUGUCGUGGUUUAUGAAACCCAGGAGCGGUUCGGCCCGAACAUUGCAAACGAGAUGGUGAAGGGGUUCAUUGAAGGUUGCAUGAGCGUUGGAAUACAAGUCAAGGUCAAAAGCCCGAGAAUCGAAUGGAAAAACGGACAGGGUAAUAUUGCUCAGCAAUUGAAGGAAGUCGGCGUGAAAGCUUACAAUGAGAUGAACAAAACCCCACCCAACCUCGUGCUUGUCGUCAUCCCUGAGAGCGGCAACGACAUAUAUGCUGCUGUUAAACACUUUGGGGAUUGUGUACAGGGCGUUGCUACGCAGUGCGUCAAGUCGAUGAAAGCGGGACGUGCAAAACCUCAAUACUGGGCAAAUGUCAUGCUCAAGGUCAAUGUCAAGUUGGGCGGGAUCAACCUGAUUCCCGAACAAUCAUCAGUUUCUGUACUCACUGACCCGAGGAAUCCAACCUUGGUUUUGGGUGCCGAUGUUAUUCACCCUGCUCCAGGAUCGGAGGGCCGUCCCUCGUUCACUGCUUUGGUAUCCAACGUUGACUCGGACACUGCUAAAUACAUUGCGAACUGUAAAGUGCAAACUAGUAGGCAAGAAAUGAUCGACGAUUUGGAGACAAUGACUAAGGAGAACAUAGAGCAAUGGGUUUCGUACCAGAGGAAAAUUGAGAAGAAACCGAACCCUAAAAUCUCUCGCAUCAUUUUCUAUCGAGAUGGUGUUAGCGAGGGUCAGUUUGCUCAAGUUCUUGAACAAGAACUACCUCGCAUUCAGGCCGGGUGUGCUGCUGUUGGCAUGAACCCCAAGAUCACUGUCAUUGUAGUUGGAAAGCGACACCACGUUCGCUUCUUCCCUCGAAGCCUUGAUUCGAAAGAUCAGGACAAGAGCGGAAAUUGUCUUGCUGGGACAGUCGUCGAUAGAGAGAUUGCCCAUCCGACCGAAUUCGACUUCUACCUGCAAUCGCAUGGUGGAUUGCUUGGUACUAGUCGUUCGGCGCAUUAUUCAGUCUUGCACGAUGAGAAUAAGUUCACGUAAGUGCUGUGGUUUUUUCCUGUGAUCUGCAAAUAUGUUUGUUGAUCCUCAAAACUGAAAGUGCUGAUGAACUCCAAUCGUUGUCAUUUGCGCUUUGUCAUGUCUACGCGAGGUCGACCCGUUCCGUCUCUAUUCCCGCGCCAGUUUACUAUGCUGACAUUGUAUGUUCUCGGGCUCGUAACCAUUAUGAUCCGACUGGUUCUAUCAACUUCUCGGACUCCUUCACUGCUGGUGGAGGUGCGGAAGCGACAUUGGAGAACUACCGGCAGGAAUUCAAGCCCCUCCAUCGUAACUUGGCCACCAGCAUGUAUUUCUCUUAAACAGAAUUCUGGCUUUCUUGCCCGCUGUGGUGGGUCAACGGCGGUUCAGGAUACCUACUUACCACCUUCUUGCUCACUACGUGCCCUCUCGUCCCAUCAGUGUUUAUCCUAUUAUGUAUCGAUUAGUUAUGCUUUCUUGACAUUUGUGUAAUAUACUUUUGUACACAUCAGUCGUG